CUCCCCUCUCAUUCCCGACCUGCGCCGCCCCCAAACCCCAGUCUCGCCGACCUCCUUCCACCGCUCGCCCCCUCCCUCCCCCGAUCGGCCGCCGCCGGCGCCAGAAAAUUAGCUCCCUGGCGGCUCCCGCCGCACAUUCCCCCUUCCUCCGCCUCGACGUCUGCGACUCCGUCUUCGUCCUCUCCAUCAGCUGCCACGCCGACCGCUGCUGGGCAGGGGAGCGCCUCGCCGUCGUAUUCCUCGCCGUCCGCGGCAAGGGCUAGAGACCACCCCGCCGCCUUCCUCUUCCACGAAGCCUCCACCGUCGCCACACCGCCCACGCUGGUGUUGUCUUCUGACUGCUGCACCUCGCGAGCCGGCCCGAGCCGCCUUAACCGAGCUUCUCCUGGCGGCUCGCCGACAGCCACGGCGAGCUCGUGGCGAGCCCGGCUCGCGUUCACCCUACCGCCACGCAUAAAAUUCCGGCCACAGCGGGCAGGCCGCCAGCAAGAACGAACGUGGACGCGCGACAUGUCCACCUCUUCCGUGGCGGCAGCCCUUGCCGCCGGUGGAGGUGGCAUGCACUCGGCGUCUGUCGUCGUGGCCGAGGCCGUGUCCGGGUCUCACGUGCUCAAGGUCCAAGGCUACUCCCUGAUAAAGGGCCUCGGCGUCGGCAAGUUCAUCGGGUCCGUCAAGUUCAACGCCGGCGGCCGUAGCUGGUGCAUCAGGUGCUACCCUGACGGCUGGGGUUCGGAAUGCACCGAUUGGAUAUCCGUGGCCCUGUUUCUUCUCAACCCUGAUGCUACGGAGGUCAAGGCGAAGUACAGGUUCAGCUUGCUCGACCAGGCUGAACGCACACACGUUCCACUGCACACCGAGGCAGUGAGCACAUUCUCGGCCAAAGCAAGUGGAAAGGGACAUGAUAAAUUCAUCAAAAGGCAGAAAUUGGAGCAGUCAGCCUAUCUGAAAGAUGACUGUCUCGAGAUCAGUUGUGAUGUCACCGUCCUGAAGGAGAUCUGCCUGGCAAAGGACGUCGCGGUGCAGUUUGUCGUGGUGCCACAGUCCGACAUACACCAACAUUUAGGCGCGCUCCUCUCGGAUGCCGGCAGUGAGGGUGCGGACGUGAGUUUCGAGGUCGGCGGCGAGACGUUCGCCGCACAUCGGUGCGUGCUAGCCGCUCGGUCGUCAGUGUUCAAGUCUGGGCUUUUCGGUCCGAUGAAGGAGAAGACGGCGACAAGCGUGAAGAUCGACGACAUGGAUCCGAGAGUCUUCAAGGCGAUGCUCCACUUCAUCUACACCGACUCGCUGCCGCAGAUGGAUAGUGCUGACGCAACAAUGAUGGCUCAACAUCUGCUUGCAGCGGCGGACAGGUAUAGCCUUGCCAGACUGAAGUUGAUAUGUGAGCAUGAGUUGUGCAGCAAUAUUGAUAAAAGCACGGUGACCACUACAUUGGCAUUGGCGGACCAGCAUGGUUGUCAUGGGCUCAAGGAAGCGUGCUUCAGUUUUCUCAAGUCUCCGGGCAAUCUCAAGGAAAUCACGGCAAGCGAUGACUUGGAGCAUCUGAUGAAAAGCUGCCCCUCGGUUCUGAAAGAGCUUGUCGCGCAACUUGCUCCUUGAUCGAUGUGUUUAUGGUGUUCAGGAACUCGUCUGGGUUGUUAGCUCUUAUUUCUGUUCUCUUUAUGCUCUCUUAAUUUUGAGGAGCAGAUUGUCUUUUCCUUAAUCUAAUCUAAUCAAGACAAUUCUUAAUGAGCAAGGCUAAA